AUGGCUUCCGCCUCGGUCCCAGAACACCGCAACCUCAUCCCCAUCAACAACUUCAUCUCCUCCACCGGGCCGGACGGCUCCCUCAUGGUCACCGACAUCUACAUCUUCCCCGAGAAGCUGGACGAGUACGUCAAGCUCGUGACGCCCGUGGUGCACAAGAUGCGCGCCAUGCCCGAGUGCCUGUGCUGCGAGAUCUCCCAGGAUCCCACGGACCCGGCACACAUCAGGAUCCUUCACAGCUGGACCAAAGGGACGGAAUGGUUUACGGGUGCUUGUGAAUCACAGCAAUGGUUUGUCGACUACGUCAAGAGAUUCGCCAACAUCGCCGACAAGAGCAGAGGCCGUGAGUAUCAACCUCCCUAA